AUGGAGCUGGAUUCGGUGCAGUAUUUGACUCCUCAGGAAGUUGCUCUCGGGCAACACAAUGAAGCCCUUCUAAGGGAAAACACUAACAGAUGGGUGAUGUUUCCUAUCCAUUACGACGCACUAUGGGCGAUGUAUAAAGAGAUUGAGAAUAGUUUCUGGGCUGCAGAGGAUUUCCGUUUCUCCGCUGACCAAGAAGCCGUGUCUGGACUCGAUACAGAGUUGAAACAGUGCAUUGUAAAGCUAAUAAGCUUCCAUGCUAAACUCUGUUACUCCGAUGCGGCACGACCAGCUACCGUUACGUUGGACUUGCUAUCGGACACACAGCUGCCGGAAGCCAGAGCAUUUUACGGGUUCCAAGUCUCGUACGAAAAUAUACAUGACGAACUAUUUGGAACCAUGUCCAUGACCGUCCCUGGAUCCGCUGAGGUGCCUGAGGGCUUGGCGAAGGUUGCAUGGCUCUCACAGAAGUUUGCCGCUGCUGAAUGUUUUUACAUGAAGGUAGUUCUACAGUGCAUAUCGAAGUGUGUAUUCCGAUGUGCUUAUGGAAUACUGGCCGACUUCUUGAAGAAAUCGAACAUGUUACCUACCAUUGUCUCCGCUUUGGAUACCGUCGCAAAGGACAUUAAUAUCCACCUCAAAUUUGCCGCAGCAGUAUUCGAUCAUUUGAAACUGCGCGUUAACAGGGACGUGCUGUUGGCGGUUUUGUCUGAGGCCUAUGAUCUGGAAGUAGCAUUCUGCAAAAGCGUACUACCACUUGGUUACAUGGGUUUGUCCGAUUAUCAACUUGCGCAAUAUGUCAAGAAUGCCGUUAACCAGUGCCUACGUAUGGCAGGCCAUGCUGAGGAAUACAGAAUAGAUGUCGACUUAGGUUGGCUGAAACCAACGGCACUGAACUUCCGUAUCACUGCAGCACAGGUUCGCCAGAGCAAACCCAAGGUGCCUCCCGUGGUGGGAACAGCCGUAGGCUCCAUCAGCUUCGACGAGGAUUUCUGA